UAAAAAAUAUAUUUUGCCAUGCUAGCUGAAUAUAUCGAUUGUAAGGUGGACAAACCCUACGUGAAGUUGUCAAAACUGUCGACCUUUUACAACACUCAGGUGUUGGUGUCGGUUGUCAGGUGAAAAAUAGUUGGAACCCAAACUAAAAAACACACCCCUUUGAAAGUCGGAAACCACCACCAUGAGCGCCAGCGAGGGAAUCAGUCUCCCUGGAAACGGGGACACCACUCCGCCGCGUGAAAAUCAUAAACAAAAGUCCAGGAAGAAGGACAGAAAGAAGUCCAAGGUUGCCAAAGAAAGUAUUCCAGAACCGAUGGACGCGAAAGCCACUGCCAGCUACUUCAGCGUAAGCGUCAUGGGACAAAUAGUGUCCGCCACCUUUCCCAUGGGUCCCGACAAGGAGUUCGUCUUCCUGCGCUACGAAUUGGUCGCCGGUCCCGACUGGCAGUUGUUCUCGGGACCCCAACAUGGACUCACCCAGAUGGCCACCAACAAAAGGAGCAACUUCAAUGAACCCAUCGUCUUCAACAUGCCCAUCGAAGUGACCUUCAAGAGCACCAGUCCCUUUGGCUGGCCCCAGAUCCUGGUGAGCGUGUUCGGACGCAGUGGAAUGGGCCGUGAGACGCUCCUUGGCUACGCCCACAUCCACCUGCCCGUCUUCGGCGGUCGUCGUCCUGCGGAUCAGGCGGAGCUGCUGGAGGCGCCCAUCCUGAAGCCCCAGUGCCCCAGCAUGUUGGCGGACAUCACCAGCUGGCUGCUGCGCCGUGAGCCAGAGCUCAAGGAUCCCAAGGUGCUGCUGGACAACCUGAAGUGCAAGGGCCUCUCCAUGGAGUCCUACGGCAGCCUGCAGUUCCAGCUUUCCUCCGUGACAAGGGGAGCCCGCAAGCUGGGCUACCAGUGGCAUUCCUGAGGAGUUCACCAUUUGCUAAUGAUGUGUGUCAGUAAAACGUGAAUUUAGCGAGACAGGAAAGC